CGUUGCGGUCCUAUCCUCGUGCACGGCUACCACCUGUCCCAAUCGUACGAUCUUAUCGCGCGUCGUCUGUGCUGAUCGCUAGAUACCUUGAAAUGGCCGCGUUCUGAGAUGCAUUGAUCAUCGAUCCAGUCGGUCCAGUGAAUCAUCGCGCUUCACCGAUCGCUGUGGACACGUUCUCCUCUCGUUUGUCCCGCCGACCAGCGAACCUAUAGAUCGAUCUUGUUGUUUUCUUUCUCUGAUCGACGACGAUGACAUCGCCCCAGCAGCGGUGAUUAGACUGAAACUACCUCCUUAUUCGUGCAGUGAUUUUGUGUGUGCGUGACUGAAGGAUCAGCUGGAAGCUUGGCAGACGAUAUUCAACAGAUUACUGGCCUCGCCGAGGCGGAAGGAGUUAAUCAACGAGGGGUGCCCAUGCCGAGCGUCAGGAAAAAUCAGCUGGAGGGUCUUAGGAGUGCGAGAGGAAAAUUCACAGAGGGAUCAGCCGCGUGAAAUUCAACGAAAUAGUCGCUGUGAGCGUUAAAACGCAUUCUAGCCUGAAAAUGCCAUCGAAAACGUGUUCUAUGAUUAUGUCGGGACUGAUCCUGCUGGUGUUCGCGGUGGUAUCGUUCAGGGAAGUGCAAGGACACGUUGCCUUGACUUUUCCGCGUGCGAGGAAGUACGACUUAGACUUCCUGGACAACGCCAGAACACCUGGCCCUUGUGGAAUGCCCCGUGGCGAUAUUAAGACUACCUUACUGUCUGGGAGUAACUUCAACGUCACGUGGCAUCUGGCUUAUCCUCAUCGAGGUGGAUUUCGAUUGCAAAUAUUGGACGCUCUUGACAGGCCGUUGGUUGACUUAACCCCUGUGACUAAGAACAGCGAGUUCGUAGAAGAUGACGCUACUGCGCAAGGUUAUGCUGUGCAAUUACCUCAAAAUUUCACGUGUACAGACUGCACGAUUCGGCUUCUUCGAGAAGCCGAGGAAUGGGGCGCGAGUUAUAGAUUCUGGUCUUGUGCCGAUAUCGAUAUCAUCGAUAGAAAGGCAUACAGAGAGGAUUGCAGCGGUCACGGCCGUUAUCUGCUGGGUCGGUGUAGAUGCGAUCGACUGUAUCACGGCACAAGGUGCGAAUUUAAGGAGGAAUGCCUGGACGACUCAGACUGCGGUAUUCAGGGCACGUGCAUUGACAAUGGCGGCACGACCGCACCCAUCAAGCACUGCUACUGCAACAUCGGUUGGUUCGGGCCGGGUUGUGCGAAGAGAUCCCCAAUUAAAACUAUUGACGUAGAAUUAGACGCCUACAGUAUGAGGAAAUUCUCAGACAAUUUCACAUUCUUUUGGCGUAUAUUGAAAGAGAGCAAAGAACUCGAGGGCAUUAUGGUGGUAAAUAGUACAACCUGGGUCGGAAUUGGCUGGAGACCAAGCGACCUGACUCCACUCUGUCGCUCCUUCCCUGAGAUUCAAGAACGUCCAAAGGAUGAACCGCUUCCUCAGCCAGAACCAAAAGCGGAACCAGAACCAGAGUCUGAACCAAAAGCUGAACCCAAACCUGAACCCAAACUUGGACCGAAACCUGAACCUGAACCCGAAUUUGGAACUGAAAGAUCCGGUACUAAGAGAAGAUCGGCUAAAGCUCAUGAUCUUGCUUCAUUAGAGUUGACUCCUCCACCAGAUGUAGAUGUCACUGUACAAACUAGUGUGACUUAUCGCGUCAGCACAAAGCAAGGACGUAAGAAGAGGUCACCAGAAUCCACAGGAACUUCUGUAAAUGGGGAACCCGUCGCCGAGCCGAGCACUAUCGACAGCACCAACACCACGCCUGAACCAGAACCCAAAUCCGAACCUGAACCUACUUCAGAACCAGAGCCCAAAUCUGAACCUGAAUCAAGCACAGAACCAGAACCUAAAUCUGAACCUGAACCCAGUUCAAUACCAGAACCCAAAUCUGAACCUGAACCCAGUUCAAUACCAGAACCCAAAUCUGAACCUGAACCAGUAUCCAAUGCGGAAGCCAUCUUGGCCUCUAAACCAAAGCCAAAAUCCCAUCCUGAACCAAGGUCCAGUGCAGAGCCAAAGUCUGAACCUGAACCCAAGUCUGAACCAGAACCUAGUUCAGAGCCUGAACCCAAGUCUGAACCGGAACCCAGUUCAGAACCGGAACCUAAGUCUGAGUCAGAACCUAGUUCAGAGCCGGAGCCGAAAUCUAAACCAGAACCUAGUUCAGAACCGGAACCCAGUUCCGAGCCAGAGCCAAAGUCAGAGCCGGAGCCAAAGUCUAAGCCAACCGUGGAACCAGAGCCAAUUUCAGGCCUUAAGUCGAGCGCAACAAAAGCAAUCUUACCUGGAACACAUAAAUACACACCAAAACACGACUUCAACCCCAUGGACUGCACCGACAUUAUAAUUGGAUCAGCGAGAGGAAAUAGUCACAGAAUUGGUGAUUAUUACACCAGAGACAGGUCGACGCCAAGAAAAGACGAAUAUUGGGGUGGAAGAGACACUUUAACCGCUGCCAUGGGUUUUGAGCGCGAUGGCGUAACAACAAUACUCUUUAGAAGGAAGUUGGUAGCGAACGAGCCAACUGAUCACGAAAUUAUCGAUGCUAACAUGCAAGUAAUAUGGGCUAAGGGUCAAGAACCUGGAAACUAUGUUCAUCAUCCACCAAGUGGCAUUGAGAAGGCCAAGGUCAAUGUGAAAGACUUCUACAAAGCUGACGAGCUCAAGUAUCACGGACAUGGAGCACAGAGGGGAGCAUUGACGCUUAAUUUCUUUGAUGAAAAGAAGAGGCAAGAGAUGACGAAUGGCGAAGGUGAUGCAGCGAUGCCAGUUUCAACCUGUAGUGGCGAGUGGCAUUAUCCAAAACAUUGUAUAUCUGAAAAUGAUACCUGUGAAUAUUCCAUUCAAUGGACAUAUAAGAGUCGAAAGGAUCAAUUGUCCUUCGUUAUUUCUACUACCAACACAAAUACUUGGACUGGCGUUGGAUUCUCCGACGAUGAAAAAAUGUCGCAAACAGAUGCGGUGUUGGGCUGGGUCGACGACAAAUCGGGUCGAGCUUUCCUCAUGGACACUUGGAUCAGCGGAUAUAAUGCCCCGUUGCUCGAUCCAUCUCAAGAUAUCUACAACACAGGCGGCAGUAAAGUGGAUGGUGUAACGACGCUCAAGUUCUCGAGGAAACGGAUAACAAAGGACAAUAGGGAUCUGUCUUUCACGGACGAUCGCUGCUUGUACAUGAUGUAUCCAGUUAAGGGUGGUAUUUUCAACGCUGUUAGCAAGAAGAUACGUAAACACGACGCCGUGCCCGUUGUUUCCUCUGAAAGGAUAUGCAUAAAGUCUUGUGGUCUGGAAGAAAUGGAGGAUGUUACAACACCAACACCUCCAAGGUUACAUUACGACGUGGAAGUGAAACUGGUAAAUCUGGGUGAUGGUUUUAUGGCGCCUACUCCUGGUACACCUGAUUUUGAAGUAAUUUCGAACACGAUUUCCGACAGCUUUGGCCCAGUGCUUGAUAAACUACCGGGUUAUUACCAAAUCCGUCUCAAUGAGUUACAGAAGAAUGAUGAGCAAAACGGUGUUAUCGCGCGCAUGGAUUUGAUCUUAGAUAAAAACGAAGUGAAAGGUAGAUCGUUAAAACCUCUGGAUACUAGUACAGCCGCAGAAAAAGCGUUAAAAGAGGCAUUGGUUAGCGGAAAAGUCGGUGCACUGAGUGUGGAUCCACAGUAUUUGAUCGUCAGAGCUCCACGAGUAAAUGACUUGGGUGGUGGAGGAGACGCAGAUGAGGGAUCGUCAUUUACCUCAGACCUGUUCCUCGACGCGACGAAGCUGUACAUCCUCGUUGGGUGCGUUGCUGCGUUGCUUGCCCUCGCUCUACUACAAGCAAGCUGUACUCUCUACAGAUCGUCGAAGAGGCGAGCGACAAAGGAUCGUUUGAUCGCCAGUAAUGCUUGGAAGGACUACGCUUCAGGCGCCAACACAAACUUCGCUUUCGAGGCGUUCGAGACGGAGGAGAAGGCGCCACCACCGCCGGUCUCCAGUUUACCCCGUCACAGAGAGAUGACUGAAAACGGGUUGGGUACGGAUACCGUAGAAGGCCCAAAUAGGAUGGUAGGACCACGAGCAACGUACAGUUUGCCACGUGCACCAGGUUCGAGGCAUACAGCACCCAUUCAACCUGGUUACUACACACAAGAUCGCAGGGAUCAUUAUCACCGAUCGAAGAACAUGCACAAUCCGGCAGGCGGCGGUGUGUCAACUCAGCCGAAUCAGCCUGACUUUUACUUCAUGCCCAGCCAGCGUAAAUACAGCGGUGAGGUCGUGCGUGUAUACGUAGAUUACGGAAGUCAGGCGCCGAAGUAAUCGGAAGAAGCAUACAUCAUAUCGAAGUCCAACGAACGAUAAAAAGAAAAAAAAAACAAAAACCCCCGUCAGUGACAGUGCUGCCCUCUUCUCUGCUUUCCCUCGGUCAAAUCCCAAGCGGACGAUUAAAUAUACCUCGCUUCAGUGAAGCGACCCUGUACAUAAAAACACGUCUGGUGGACCUGGAGAAAACGAGACUUCGAAACGAGCCCUCCCUCCGGUGCUUCUUUCAUUAUAUUAUUUUGUGUUCUUUUGUUUAUUAUUCGAUGGAUCGUUGUUCUGUCAUAAUUUUUCUUUUCUUUCCCGUUUGUGUCGUUUUAUGCUCGAUCGUGUGAUCGCGAGCGUCGAACGGGGGCAAACACGCACGGUGUUCAUUUAACAGAAGUACGCAGAAGUGGCGCUUACGACCAAAGAGUUAUCGAUAAGGCGCGCUCGAUGCGCGGUUCUGUACAAAAGCGCGUGGAGAAACACACAGCACAAUAUCACUGUAACUCUCUGAAUGGGUGGCCAGGUACGUGUGUGGAUUAUUAUGUCCAGACUGUACCCGUGCGCCAUUUACACAAGCAACAUUUUACAUGUACUUACGAGCAAGCAUGGACGUUUGAGCAAUAAAACGUUUGUACAUUUUUUUAAUCGAACGCACGCUUUCUCUCUCAAGGAUCAAUUAUUUCGUCGAGUUACUAACUUCUUCUUUUUUCUUGGUUGAUUUCGAAGAAACGAAGGGAAACACUAUUUUCUUCUUUUUUGUUUCUUUAUCACGUGUAAUAACCAUUAAGUUCACGUAGAGUUUUUUCGUGAUCUAUUAUUCAGAUAUUUACCAAAAUAGAGAAAUUGUGGUUGAAGAAAGUUUCUGAAGUGAAAAUAUGCAAUCGAAUAUGUAUUCUCGACUCAAAACGGGGCGUGCUAAAUGUGUAUAUAUAUACAUAUAUAAUGUCGCACACAAAACGCUGAAGUAAAGCGUUUUAAAAAUAUCCUUUUGAUUUAGAACUGGCAUAACUCGUCGACAAUAAAUCAUAUCUAUCUACGUUCAAGGCGAAUCGAUUACUGUGUGCCAGCGAACACAAUGCCAACGAAGAAAAUAGAAACAAAAAGAAACGAAAAUUGCGUGAAUUUAUGGCUAUAGUAAUUCUCCUAUUAAUGCCAACAAAUAGUGCUGGACAAUGAUCAUAAGAGACGCAGCAAACAGCACCCGUAAAGAAUUCAUUUCCACCGAGUUACCUAAAUUUCAUUCUUUUUUUUUUAUGCUAGCCGUUAAUGGAUUAUUAUAGAAAUUGUAAUACUUACAAUGACAAUACUGUCGAUAAAGACAGUCGUGUUGGUACGGAUUAUAAAUUAUUACAAUAGUGGUAAAAUUAACGAUAAUACUUGUAAUAAUCAUAAUAACGAUAGUAGCAGCAGUAGUAACGAUGGCAAUAAUAUUACAGUAUUAAUAUUACAUUAACGUCGUUAACAACGGCGUCGCGCGCAAAACCAUGACUUCCGACGUGUUCUCCAUGAGCGAUGGAAUAUUUAAGAUCAAUAUAAUUAAUUAAGUAAUAAUAAUAAUAAUUAUAAUAAGGCGACACCACCAGGUAAGCUUUUCUUUUUUUUUUCUUCUUAAUAUACCUCUGAAAGUCUGGUGUAUUCGGAAGCCAAUUAUAGCACGCAUUGCCUCUCUUGAUCCUAUCAUUAUAUAACUAGUAUCGAGCUCAUAUUUUCGGUCCUACCGUAAAAUUUUUUUUUCACCUCUUCGGUCACACGGUGCGAAGUAUGAGAAACAGGGGCCUACACGCUCUGAAUCAC